CAACAAGAGAUUCCGGUGGAGUUUUGGAAGCAUGCGGGUCGUGGUGCGUGGGUUUGGUUAACCAAACUCUUCAAUGUCAUCUUCCGGACAGCAAGGAUGCCGGAUGAGUGGAGGGAGAGUCUCUUGGUCCCCCUGUUUAAAGGCAAAGGUGACAUCCAGAGCUGCGAGAAUUACAAAGGCAUCAAACUGCUUAGCCACACCAUGAAGAUCGACUACAGAGGCCACAUUCACCUCGUGAGGAGGUUAAUGGAAGAGUAUAGGGCUAGGAAGAAGGACCUUCAUAUGGUGUCCAUUGAUCUCGAGAAGGCGUACGAUAGGGUGCCAAGGGAGGUCUUAUGGAGGUGCCUUGAGACGAGAGGAGUUCCCAUCGUGUACACUCGCGCGAUCAAGGAUAUGUACGAUGGGGCUAUGACUAGGCGCCUUGCCCUUGAGACUAAAGGGUUCAGAAUAAGUAGGAACAAGACUGAAUACAUGGAGUGUCGUUUCAGCGGCAGUGAAACAGAAUCAGAUGUGGAAGUUAGGAUUGACUCUCACCUAGUACCUAAGGUAGACAGGUUUCAGUAUCUUGGCUCGGUAAUCCAGGCUGAUGGGGAGUUAGACGAGGAUGUUGGACAUCGUGUUGGAGUGGCUUGGGCCAAAUGGCGGUUGGCUUCAGGGGUAUUGUGUGACCCGAAGAUUUCGCCCAGGAUGAAAGGCAAGUUCUACCGAUCCGUAGUCAGACCUGCUAUGUUAUAUGGGGCAGAGUGUUGGGCGGUUAAGAAGACUCAUGUGCGUCGUCUGCAAGCGGCGGAGAUGCGGAUGUUACGAUGGAUGUGUGGGAAGACAUGGUUGGAUAGGAUUUCGAACGAAGUUAUCCGACGUCAGGUAGGCAUGGCGCCGGUGGAAGAUAAAUUGCUGGAAGCGAGGUUGAGAUGGUUUAGUCAUGUGAGACGGCGGGAUGCUGACGCCCUGUACGGAGAUGUGAGCGGAUUACGGUUAUCGGGGGAAGUAGGGGAAGGGGUAGACCUAAGAAGAAUUGGAAGGAGGUUGAGCCGGGGGUCUCUUGGAAACAGCCUCCCUGCUUCCGAGUAGGGGCAAGAAUUUGUCUUAUCAUACGGCAUCCACAAGUAGUUUUAAAAGUGGACCGCCAUGUUAGAGCUGGUGUGCUCUGGUAUGGAAAUAAUACAUCCCUUGGAGUACAUGAGAGAGAGCAUUUGGCCGUGUAGGCCGGCUAAACAUCUAAUGCAUCUCUCCAAUAUCAGAUAAUAAGGUUUUGAUAAUCAGAAAAUUUCGAGGAUGUGAGACUUCAACGAAGGAAGCUGAUGAGGUGAGGUAACUGGGAUGAAUGAAAACCAGUACCCAUU